AUGGCAAACGUAUCCAGUGACAGUUCGGUUUAUAGGAUGAUCCAGCAGAUUCAAGAUCGUAUCACACGACUUGAGGAGGUGAGCAAACCCGUGGAAUCUGCUAGGGAGCUAAACAAACAAAGUGAGGGGAAGAGAACCAUGCCAAAAAAUCUAAAGAGGCCUCACCAUGAACCCCUCGAUGAUGGCCGAUUCAAGGAUCCAUAUGACCGAGAAUAUCGUCGACCAACUCGUGAUGAGAAGGCUGAUCCAAAGUUCAAACUUUUCGUGUUUACUGGAAAGGAGGAGCCCGAGGUCUAUCUUGAGUGGGAGCGCCAAAUGGAUGCCAAUUUCGAAUGUUAUUCCUUGACGAACAGAAGGAAGAUUCACUAUGCGGCUGCCCAUCUUGCCGAAGAUGCCAUCAUGUGGUGGGAACGAGAAGAACGAAAUCGACGACGUGCACAUUAUGAACCGGUUUCCACUUGGAAGGAGAUGAAAAUCCUCAUGCGAAAAAGGAACCAAAGUCAUUUGCCCAGUGGAAGUUCCAUCCGACAAGAGGUGAGCAUCAAGGAUAACGGGGCAUAUCACUCAAUCGCGUUGGCUGUGGGGAGGCACCUUGAGGAUGAUUUCGAAGUUCCAUCUAACAAGGAGACCAAGAGCGUGACCGAAAAGAAAGAAACGGUCGAGAAUCUCGGCUUUGUGAUGGAAACAAAACCCAAAAGUUUGGCAAAUGUGAGUGAAGAGCGGCAAUAUGUCAAGGAGAAUGCAUUCGUAGUCACGAGUAACAAGAAGGAAUAUGAUGCCAAAGAAAGCGAGGAUGAGAAGCCGAAGGAAAACAUUUGGUGA